AUGGACGACGAAGAGGCCUACAUUCUCUUGCUCCUCUCAGACAGCAAUCUUCCUACGGGCGCGUUCGUAGCAUCUGCCGGACUUGAAUCCUACGUCGCGCAUGGCUUCUUUCAGCGCAUACCAUCAACAUCCACAGGAAUGCAAAGUGAAGUCGACCCGAGCAUAGAUUUUUUGCGAAAUAGCCUUGCUACCUACGCCCACAGCGCUUUGCCAUUCGUCUCAGACACUCACGAAAUUGUCGAUGCUUUCCUUGCGUUGCCGAGCGAUGAUUUUUCGGCGGAUACAUCUGCGGAUACUCUAAAUCAUAUCAAAGCUCUAGACGAUCUCUAUGAAGCCAUGACACUGAAUCAUGUCACUCGUCGAGCAUCAAAGUCUCAGGGCGUUGCACUACUCACGUUGUACGCUAAGGGGUUUUCGAAGCCCCCGCAUUUUCAGGUGGACUUAUCCACGUCUUCCGGUCUCCAAACGCAGCGUACAGAUCGAGCUGCCAAGUUGGUCGAAAAACUCAAGCUUGAUGUCCGACGGGAAAAAUCACAUGGGCAUCUGCCUAUAUGCUGGGCAGUCCUAACGUCCUGUUUGGGGCUGUCUCUUGGUGCGAUUCGGUCUCUUCUAUCUCCGGUCAUUCCUAUCAUGUUGAGUCUGAGCUUUCUGUAG